UAAGUAGAGGCUUUUACAUAAACGUAACAAGAAACUGAACCGCGCUAUAAAUACCUGAAGCCCAAAGGGACCAAGAUAUUUCUCUUCGAAACACUGCCAGGUUCACAGUUAUUCUGUUACAGGACAACGCCACAAUGAGAGCAGUCAGUGUUUGCCUGAUCCUAUUUCUUGUGACGGCUCAUAUGUCCGUCGCCAAGAUCCUCACUAAGUGCCAACUCCUGCAGGAGCUGAAGAAGCACAACGUUGCAAAAAACGAUUUAGCAACAUGGGUGUGUAUAGCUCAGCAUGAGAGCUCUCUGAAUACGGCAGCUAAGGGCGGACCCAACACGGACAGAAGUUAUGACAAUGGGAUAUUCCAGAUCAACGACAGAUACUGGUGCAGAGAAAACGGCGUAGGCGGAAGUUGCAACAUUAAUUGUGCAGAUCUCAGAAAGAGCAACCUGGCCAAUGAUAUCAAAUGCGCAUUGAAAAUCAGGAAGUCUCAAGGAUUUAAGGCUUGGAUCACUUACUCGAAAUAUUGCACCAAGGCUUCCUUGCCCAGAUGUUGAACUGGCCUCCGCAAUCCACUGGCUUAAUCAGAAUUUAAGGAAAACCAAUCAGGCCAAAUAACAAUGGAAAAUGACCGCAAUGCAUUAACUUCUAUACACACAGCUCAUCAGCGUUUAUUCUAAAUUAAUUUUGGAAGAGAAUGUGUUUCAUGUUCACCAAGUGUUCCUUGUGUGACAUAUCAUUAAAAUGUAUAGAAGUUCUUAAACAGGGACAUUCUUAAUAUUUAAAUCGUCUAACAACCUCUCAUUUUUCUUCCCUGUUUAAUAAAAUAACAGACCUCUAAGGAAAUGCAAUAAAAUUGUUCACAUAUAAUUUGGGCAGAAAAAAAAUUCUAUUGUAUUUUCAAAAUAAAAGAGAGAAACACGUAGCAUAUAUAUCACUAAAUGUUGGAAUGUAAUAUUUUGUGUUUCUUCACAGUUCCUUCCCCAUUGCGAAUUUAAGUGUGUUGUUUAAAAAAUUUAAGUCAAUAACAUUAAAUAUAUUUUUAACAAUAAGCUGUAACAUACCAUUUAAAAUAUACCAAAUAAAGUUUUGUUUCUUUGCAA